AUGGCGGACGUUUCGAAGCACGAGACCGCUGUCAUCGUACCCAGCGAGAAGGAAGGUCUCGAAGACUCUAACGCCGAUUUCAACCACGGCCAGAGUGUCGCCAUCCUCAAUCAGGAUUAUGAGGGAAAGCCAACUGAAGAGGAAUUCGCUACUCUGCGUCGUGUCCCUGGCAAGAUUCCAACAGUCGCUUACCUCCUCUGUGCUGUUGAGUUCUGUGAGAGAGCUUCUUACUAUGGAUGUGCCCAGAUUUGGACAAACUACAUCAACCGACCUUUGCCCAAGGGCGGUAACGGUUAUGGUUCCCCUGCACCUGGAAGUCAGGCUACUCAGGGUGCCCUAGGUUUGGGCGAGCAGAUUGCCAAUGCUACUUCACAAUCUUUCAGCUUGUUGGCUUACUGCCUUCCCCUUAUUGUCGGAUAUCUUGCCGAUACAAGAUUUGGUCGCUUCCCAAUGAUUUUCUGGGGUGUCAUCAUCUGUGGUGUCGGACACGUCCUCAUUGUUGCGGGUGGUGCUAAGACACUCAUCGACAACGGAACUGCCAAGAUCCCCUUCUUUAUCGGCGUGUACAUUCUCGCUAUUGGAGCUGCCAUGUUCAAACCCAAUGUCACACCGCUCCUGCUGGACCAGAUGAAAUCACAUGUACCAAAGGUCAAGACUCUCAAAUCUGGUGAACGUGUCAUCGAGGACCCUGAACACAGCGCCGAGAGAGUCAUGUUGUGGUUCUAUCUCCUCAUCAACAUUGGCGGUUUCAUGUCCACAGCGACAUCCUACUCGGCCAGAUACGUCGGCUGGUGGUUGGCUUUCUUGCUCCCUCUCAUCCUCUAUCUUCCCCUGCCACUUCUGCUUAUCUGGCUCAAGCCCCGUCUUGUCUUGCACAAGCCUGGCGGCUCUGAUCUACCAAACGUGUUCCGUGUCAUCAAGCACGGUCUGGCAAAUGGCGGCAUCUUCAGAAUUGGUCGUAAGGGAUGGUGGGACAACGCCAGGCCAUCUGUUAGAGCUGAGAAGGGAUUAUCGCCCGAAACCCACUACAGCGAUCAGUUCGUCGUCGACGUGCAGCGAACUAUGCAGGCAACCGGAAUGUUUUGCUUUUUCCCUGUUCAAUUCUGGAAUGACAACGGUAUUGGAAGUUCCGCCAACUUUUUGGGCACUAUGCUCACAGGCAACGGUGUCCCUAACGAUGUUAUUGGCAACUUCAACUCCCUUAGUAUCAUCGUACUAGGCCCGGUCCUCAAUUACGGAUUGUACCCUCUUCUGCGCAAGGGCAAGAUUCAUUACGGCCCUGUUGCUCGUAUCACGACUGGCUUCUUCCUCAGUACACUUGCUGGCGUUGGCUAUGCUGUGCUGUGUUACAAAGCCUACCAGACCUCUCCUUGCGGUUACUAUGGCUCGUCCGACCCGAGAUGUGUGGAUAAUGGAUUGGUCUCGCCAAUCUCUCUGUGGUGGGAGGCCAUCCCAUACGCGCUCGGUGGAUUUUCUGAGCUGUUCAUUAACGUUCCGGCCUACGGUAUCGCCUAUUCCCGUGCUCCGGCCAACAUGAGAGGCCUGGUGUCAGCCAUCAACCUCUUCAACACUGGCUUUGCAUACAUCAUCAACCUUGCUACUACAGCUGCGAUUGUGGACCCUUACCUUGUCUGGGAUUUCGGCGGUCCCGCUAUCUUGGGCGGAGUCGUUACAGUCGGCUUUUGGUUUAUCUUCCGCCAUAUUGACAAGGAGGAAUUCGUCCUCUCAACAACCAAGACCAGCGAGGCUGAGGGUUCUGAGACCGAUGAGCAUACUGCGUAA